AUGGAAGGCAAGGCAACAUGUCAAAAACGUAAAUCCUUGAUACUUGUAAACAGAAAGAUGCGGUGGACAGUUCAUAUUGAGGGCGGUCCUAGACGAGUUAAUCAUGCCGCUGUUUGUAUUGAGGACAAAAUAUAUUCCUUUGGUGGAUAUUGUUCAACUGAAGAAUACAAAGAUUGGGAGCCAAUUCCAGUUCAUAUAUUAGACACUUCAACCCUUAGGUGGGCGCCUAUAAAUUACAUAAAAAAUGAUGUUGUGCCUUUCCAAAGAUAUGGUCAUACAGCGGUCGCAUAUAAACAUAAGGUUUAUAUGUGGGGUGGUAGGAAUAAUGCUGUAGCUUGUGAAACACUUUCCUGCUUUGAUACAAAAAAAUUAGAAUGGAGUACACCUGCUGUUUCUGGUAUGGUGCCCUAUGCAAAGGAUGGUCAUUCAGCCUGUGUUAUUAAAAAUAAAAUGUAUAUAUUUGGAGGGUUUGAAUACCAUACAGAUCAAUAUUCUCAAGAUGUCCACUGUUUAAAUUUGGAUACAAUGCAAUGGAAGUUUGUAAAUAUACAUGGCACACCACCCUGCCACCGAGACUUUCACACAGCUGUACCAUAUUAUCACAGGAUGUACAUCUUUGGUGGCAGAGGUGACUUAAACAGUCCAUAUAAUUCUGAAGAGGAAAUAUACUGUCCACAGGUUUAUUAUUUAGAUACAGUAACUGAAACUUGGAUAAAUGUAAAUGCGAAGGGUACUUGGCCUGAAGCAAGACGGAGUCAUUCUGCUUGGAUAUACAAGGAUAGCAUGUACAUUUUUGGUGGUUUAAAUGCAAAAACAAAGACUCACUUCAAUGAUUUAUAUAGAUACUCAAUAAAAGGAAAUUAUUGGGAACAUCUUAAUGUGCAUGGGGUUGGACCAUGUAAAAGGAGGCGACAAGCAUGCUUGAUUUACAAAGACAAAGUUUAUUUAUUUGGAGGAACAAGUCCAUGUGCACAUAACAACAAUAGACAAAUUGAUGAUUCAGAUGAUAAUCCAGAGAGGCUCAUUGAUAACAGUGACCUGCAUGUAUUAGAUUAUGCACCAACUCUAAAAACACUGAGCAUUCUAUGUGUUCUAGAACACAAUUUAGAUCAAUCAUCUCUUCCUCGAGAUAUAAUAAUGGACAUCAGAACAAUGACAUUACCAAAUCGCAUUAGUAGACCAAUAAAUCAAGCUGGU